GGGUUCGUGCACGUGCGGACUUGGAUGAUGAGUGCAAUACAUUACGGGACCCUUGAUCGAUCCUUGAUGGACGUACCGCGGCAUUACAGCACAGCAAUUGAGUGGGAAUAGACCUGUUCAGUAUCCUUUCGACCCGGGGCCACUUCGUCCUGCAGAGUCCGUCUGUCAUUUUCAUUUCUUCUCCCCAGGCUUUCAUGUCGGCGCGGCAGCAUAAUCUUCGUUCUUUUAUGACUUUGCCUUCACUGCCUAACAGUCUAAAAUCUGUGAUUGCUUUAUUGCUCUUCGUGGCAACUGGUGCACGGGCCAUUGGCACGACGACGAACAGGACGAUUGAUGACUUCUACGGCGAUUCCGCCACCGGUGCAAUACCUUUAUACUCGGAUGGCUGGAACUACGGUCCCCAGUGCUCAGGUUGCUUCAUUCAGCCAGCAAUAGGCGAGACCUUCGACCAGUCCUGGCACGAUGUUACCGCAUCGCCGACCGACCCCGCGCCAAAGACUGUGACACUCUCAUUUAAUGGUACUGCGAUCUGGGUCUACGGGGUUGUGCCCAAUUAUGUCGAAUAUGCAACAACGUUGGUCAAUGUCAGUUUCGAGUUAGAUGGGAAGGUGGUGGGCUUGUACACGCACGCACCCUCAGCGUCGGUCGGCUACAUAUACAAUGUCACCCUCUACAGCAACACGGCAAUAGCGAAUGGGCAGCACACGCUGGUGAUGACGCCUCAGCGUGAAUCAAACUCGUCAUAUUUGGCGUUCGAUUGGGCACAAUACACGUUUGAAGACGUUGUUUCGAGCUCAUCUUCCGCAACUACGCAAGUCGCGUCAACUGCUCGGGCUGGAACAACCAGCUCCCAGACUACCAUGCCUUCCCCUUCUGGUUCCUCAGUGACCGCUUCAGUAUCCUUAUCAUCCAGUCGCACACCCUUCGGGGCCAUCGCAGGCGGGGUUAUCGGCGGACUCGGCCUGCUCGCAAUUAUCGCCCUCGUUUUCUUCUGGCAUCGUCGAUACAGGCAUAGUGGUGCGGACAAGAUAAGGAUUGUCCGUAGCGGUGAGGGACGUGGAUGUAUUGAACCUGCUGCGGAACAUGACCCUUUCGUGGAUCCGUUCAUGAGCCAGGUCAACGCCGCUCCCGCGACCACUGGCGCGCCUCGGGACUGCUCGCCGUCGUCCUUUGUCAUGUCGACCAAUUCGGCUCCUACGACCGCGACGUUCCUCCACGUCGCCAACGCGCCGUCGACCAUCGUCUCCGAGUCCGACGUUGGCUCGAAUCCAUCCGCUUCUUCGUCCGAAACGCAGUCCGCGGCAGCAAGUGGGGGGACCCACAGGAAAGAAGGCUCGUCGACGAGCCUGUGGGCCCUCCCAGUAGACACGCCUUCCGGCUCUCGAGACGUGCUGCCUUCGUCGAACACGCCCACCAAUACCGCUGCCGCUACGGAAUCUCCCGUAUCCGUUGCUUCGAAAAGCGCCCGCCGUCCGAAGAGACGGGGCACAAAAGCGACCAUGCAGCGCGAGGAGCUCUCGCGCCAGAUGCGCGACAUAGAGACCGCCGUCGCGGACCUGCGGCGGCGCCAGUCUUCUCAGUCGGCCCAGACAGCUUUGUCGUCUACGUCGCUGGGGGACGACCCUGUGCCGCCCCUUCCGGGGAGCCCGCCUCCCGAGCACGACGACUCGGAACUGAGGAGGCAAAUUGAGGCACUGCAGUUGGAGGUGGAGAGGCUGAGGGCGGAGCAAGAUGUUUUGCUGCGCGAACCACCACCUGCGUAUGAAUAUGAGCAGGAGGACGGGGAGAGUUGACGGUGUUAGUUUCAUUCAUGGAAUAUGGAUUAUCUUGUAUUUACAAUUGCUUGGCGGAGUCGACCUACUGUCGAUAUGUAUGCCAUUCAAGCAACGGCCGCCGGAGCAAACGGAAGGCAUACGGAUAGCUCAAGUAGGGGGGGUGCUCUGUAGCAACCUGAAUGCCACAGGUUCGAGGCAUAUCCUUCCGGUCGAACUUCUUCGCCGUCGGCCGCCGUCUGCCAUCUGGUAA